GAAAAAACUGUUGCAGAGGUGUCUGUGGAUAGAAAGAUCUUCCUAAAAGGAAUUGGACCAAUUGUUGGAGUGACAGCAGGAUCUUUGGGCAAAAUAUCUUUAUCAGAUGCUAAGAAACAGAUGCUUAUAUCUCCAGAAAGUGCAGAAAAAUUGCUAGAAGCACAAGCUGCCACAGGUCACAUCAUUGACCCCGCAUCAAAUCAGAAACUAACUGUGGAAGAAGCAUGUGCAAAAGGAUUGGUGGACAAAGGUGACAGAAACAAACUUUUAGCAGCUGAAGCAGCUGCAGUUGGCUAUCCAGAUCCUCGAACUGGUCAUCCUCUUUCUGUGUUUGAAGCAAUGAAGAAAGGAAUAAUUGACAAAAAGACUGGCAUAGGUUUGCUACAGGCCCAAGAGUCUGCAGGGGGGAUUCUAGAUCCACGCCUAAGUGUUUUCCUCCCUAGACACACUGCCAAACAACGUUUUCUUUUAGAUCAAGACAUUUGUCGUGAACUGGACAAGGAACCUCUAUGUUACAUUGAUCCAGACACUGAACGUGACUCUAGCUAUGGAAACUUGAAGGAGAAAUGCAAACCAGAGCCUCAUACAGGUCUUCUUCUUUUGCCACUUGCAGAUGGGAAAGAUCCUUCUAAACUAAUAUUUGAUGGUGUUCGCAAGCCAGUGUCUGCACAGCAGUUGCUGGAAUGUGGUGUUCUUGACAAACCAACAUUUACCAAACUGAUAAAAGGAGAAAAAACUACCCAAGAGGUGUCUGUGGAUAAAAAGACCUUCUUAAAGGGAACUGGACCAAUUGCUGGAGUGGCAGCUGGACCAUCGGGCAAAAUGUCUUUAUUAGAUGCCAAGAAACAGAUGCUUAUGUCUCCAGAAAGUGCAGAUAAACUGCUAGAAGCUCAAGCUGCCACAGGUCAUAUCAUUGACCCCACAUCGAAUCAGAAGCUAACUGUAGAAGAAGCAUGUGCAAAAGGAGUGGUGGACAAAGGUGACAGAAAUAACCUUUUAGCAGCUGAAGCAGCUGCAGUUGGCUAUCCAGAUCCUCGAACUGGUCAACCUCUUUCUGUUUUUGAAGCAAUGAAGAAGGGAAUAAUUGACAAAAAGACUGGCAUAGGUUUGCUACAGGCCCAAGAGUCUGCAGGGGGUAUUCUAGAUCCCAACCUCAGCGUUUUCCUUCCUAGAUCCACUGCUAUAAAAUGUAACCUUUUAGAUCAAGACAUCUGUCGUGAACUGGACAAGAAUCCUGUCUGUUAUCUUGAUCCAGACAGUGAAAGGGACGCUUGCUAUGGAACAUUGAAGAAAAAAUGCAAAACAGAACCUCACACAGGUCUGCUUCUUUUGCCACUUGCUGAAAGAAAAGAUCCUUCCAAACUGAUU